AUGACGGGAAGAAGAACAACCCGCGGUUCUGGUCCGGUUGAACCCCUUUGCGGCGCCUCAGAAGUUGCCUACGUCGUGUUCCGCUCCUCCGACGGGUAUUUCGUCUCCCAAGACGGCAAGAACAACCCGCAGUUCAAGUGGAAGGUGCGGGCGAGUGGGAGUGGAGGUGAUGGAGGUGAUGGAGGUGCCGACCAGACCACCUUCCAUUUUGUUUCAUCCCCCUUCGCCCAUCCCAACCAGAUCAAGUUUCUGACCCCCAGCAACACGUAUCUAGCCAAGGCCAAGGGCGCGUUCGGCUACCUCAGAACGACCCGAAACACGUCCAACCCGCGCACCGUCUUCACCAUAAAAUACAUCCCGAGAACAGCCUACGUCGCGUUCCGGUCCUCCGAUGGGUAUUUUGUCACUCAGGACGGCAGCAAGAGCAACCCGCAGUUCCGGUGGAAGCGCGCGGGCGACUGGGAGCGGUAUGACGUGCGGGAGGUGAUGGAGGUGCCGGCGAUCCGAGGGGCGAAUCUGGGGUCGUGGCUCAUGACUGAACCGUGGAUGAACCGCGACGUGUUCAAGUUUGCUGGCUAUGGUGAUGGCACUCGGGUGAUGCACUGCACUGCACUGCAUCACACCACACCAGAUGAGAUGAGGUGCAACGACUCAAUCACAACCAAGGACACCUACCUCCACCUCACCACUGUUGAAAAUGCUUCCCCCAACACUCGCAGAAUAUCCGUGCAGUGGCUGCAGUACUGGGCUGUGCGAAGCAACUCAAAAUACGUCUCGGUGCAGUCCACAAAGCCCGAGGGCGCAGCGAGCAACUUUGAGCUGUUCAUCUUCAACACGCCGCUUAACGCAUCAACGGAGCAGAGCGGCAGCAGUGUGCGCAUGGUGCUGCGUGCUCCCAACGGCUUCUUUCUCCGAGCCAACCCUGACGGCUCCCUCACUGCGGACCUCCAGCACUCCCUUACCAACGACGCCAUCUGGACCAGCGCUGCUGCAUUCGACCUCACUGUGCUGUGGCGGGUGGAGGGGGAUUUUCAGGCAGCCUACACAGCCGGUGCCGCAGCGCCAACCCUCUACGAGAACAUUCGCCGAAACUUCAUGACUGAAGCAGACUGGGCAAAAAUGCAAGAACUGGGGAUCAACACGGUCCGCAUCCCUUUGCCCUACUGGAUUGCUCUUGACGCCACCCCAGAGUUCCCCUUUGUGCCCGGCGCAGCAGCAUAUCUAGACUGGGCGUUUGAGAUGGGGAGGAAGUAUGGAGUGAGGAUUUGGUUCAGCGUGCAUGUGGCGCCGGGGUCACAGGCAGGCAAGGGGAAUGCGCGGGAUGGGCUGAUCCGCUGGCGAGGGGCGAAUAUCAACCGCACGCUCGACUUUGUCACUUGGCUUUCUGACAGGUACGGCGCCGACCCUGUGUGGCUGGGCAUGGGGCUGCUGAACGAGCCAGUAGUCCCCGGAGCCAAUGGGUACGCGGGGGUGGAUCUGGAGGACAUGCGGGGGUACUACUUGGCGGCCUUCAACACCAUCCGCGCGCGCUGCCUGUGCUGCUCCCUUUUCCCCACCCCCCUCCCCCAGAUGUCUACAAUCCCGCACCUGAAAGCCGUGAGGUACGGCACCGACCCUAUGUGGCUGGGCAUGGGGCUGCUGAACGAGCCGGUGGUGCCGGGGGCCAACGGGUACGCGGGGGUGGAUCUGGAGGACAUGCGGGGGUACUACUCGGCGGCCUUCAACGCCAUCCGCGCGCGCUGCCUGUGCUGCUUCGUGGCCAUGGAGGGCCGCGUGGGCAGCAACUUUGGCGACGUGAUGUGGCACAUGAGCGACGCGUGGCACAACAACGUGAUCCUGGAGCAGCACAUCUACGAGGUCUUUGGCAACUUCUUCAGCUCCAAAGGUGUUGACUGGGAAAUCGAGUACGCGCACACCACAAGGAAGGAGAACAUCAUCGCGUUUCAGCAGAAGGUGGGGCGGAACUUGCUGGUCGGGGAGUUCUGCAAUGCGAUGGGCAACAGUGCGACGUCAGAGCAGCAGGCCAACUUCUCUCUCGGACAGAUGAAAGCAUUCAGCCACGCCAAGGCCGGCUGGUUCUUCUGGUCCUGGAAACUCAACACCACUGGCACUCAUCACUGGCAGUUUGUCAACAGCUAUGACAGAGGCUGGUUGCCCAAGAAACCAGAUGGUAACUGGUAUUGA